AUGAUGAAGAAAUGUUUUGGUGUUGUUGGGUCGGGGAUUAGGGGUUUGAUCGGAGAUGGAAAAGUGAAAUUGGCUGAGGGAAAAGUAAGGGUGAAGGCAGGGUUUGAGGUGGGAAAAGAAAGUUUGAGGCGGGGUCAUGAUGGGAUUAGAAAAGAAUUUAGAGGAUUGGUGAAGGGCGUUUGGGAUGAUCGUAGCUGUUGGCUUGCAUUGGCUAUCUAUUUAGCACAGACAGCUGCAGCUGAAAAAGAUAGACAAAAAGCUGCCCAGAACCAUGAGGAUGUUAUUCAAGGUGAGAAGGUAAUCUGUGAUGGAGUAUAUGAUAUCAGAGAUGUUGUGGUGGAGGAAGGAGUUCCAAAGAAGGAAAAGGAAGAAGUUCCAAAGAACGAAGAAGAGGAGGCUUUGAUUCCGGUAGAAGAGGUAGAUUCGUCCAACCUUAAUUCAACCUUUUUUGUGGCUGGCAUUGUUGUGUUUGUUCUUCUGUUGAAGAACAACAACAAUUAG